UAAGACUAGUUGAAGUUUUCUACUGGUAUAUUUCAUUGCUGGGAUUGUUGCAAUUGAAAAGGAAACUGACAGACAUUGAUGUUUAGAAAUACUAAGUGAUAACAUCGAAAACAUGUCGGGCAAAAUGUUUGGGAACUUCCGAGAGCGCCUUCAGACAGUGCAGCACGAUUUUUCUACUGGUUUGAAGAACCUGACAGACAAGGCAAAAGAGGUUGGAAAACCUGGACUGGUUAAAGACAGGUCAAAGAAAAGGGAUUUGGCUGGUGCUGAACUUUUAUACAGGUACAAAGAGUCGUGGAUGCACAUGCACAAGAGUAUAGAGGAGACCGCAGCAGUGGGAGAGUCUGUAGAUGGGGAGGUGUGGAAACUGGUGGAGAGGUAUGAGGGGCCGGCCAGAGCCCUGUCACAACUACACUCACAGCUGGAGACCUUCCCUGGACUGGUGCAGGAACUCAGCCACAUCACAGAAAUGGUCGCAGGGCUGUCCUCGGACUUCGAACAGGUGGAACAUCUCCUGAAUGAACUGGAAGACGUGUGCGAACAACAGGAGUUGCAGGCCAACCAAUCAGAGCACAGGAACAAGCUGGUGUCGUACCACCAGGCCAAAGUGUUGGAGAGAGAAAACCUCCAAGUACAGCUUGACUUGGUGUAUCUGCGGAAGGUACGUGAGAUGGAGUUCAGCCAGCAGGAACGUCUUAAAGAACGGCACAAGAUGUUCCAAGACGCCUUCAACGAUGACCUACAGCACUACAAGUUGUAUGGAGCAAGGUCUGCCCUACCUCAUGCAGGUGGUGCAUCAGCAGAAGUAACCGCUGGUACAGAAGAGCUGUCAGCAUUGACCUUGGAUGACAUCAUGGACCAGAGUGAACUUGACAACUUUUUGGGACCACUGGAUGACUCAGGUGAGAUGGGGGUAGAGGCAGAAGAAGAAGAGGAGGAGGAGGAAGAGGAGGAGUCAGACAGCGUUACCACGGAUACGGAGGGUACUGACAGCCAAGCUGAAUCCAUUGAUGUCACCAGGCAAGAUGUGACCCAAAUGCCAGAGGUCACUGGGUCAGAGGUCACAGAGACAGAACAACCAGAUGGCCAACCAGAUACACAGGAGGAAAGCAACUAACUUCACCCCUGAAUGGACAGUAUCUUAACCUUAAGCAACCUAUGGGGGUUGUACAAUACCAAGCAUAUUUUGGUCCAAUUUGAAGUAAGAUGGUUACAUUGUUGAUGCUAUUGUGUUUUCUCCUAUGUUUUUAGUUCUGUCCAAUUUG